AUGGAGGUGGGGCGUUUCUAUGAUGUUAAUAGAAUAAAACAAAAAGAAGGGGGCUUGCUGCUGCUGCUGCGGGUGCUGCUGCUGCAGCAAAAGGACGGGCCCACUCUCGUUGGGCAGCCCUUCCUUGAACAUAUACGCGUGCGAGCUCGCGUGCUGCAGCACUUUCGGGGCCCGAAGCUGCACCUGGGUAAACACCGGCGGAAGAAGUGGAGAAAGAUGUGGGGCCACCGCCAGGCGAUGAGCCGUCUGCACAUAGAAGCCAUAGAAAACCUCGCAGCAGCAAACGAGCUGCAGCAGCAGCAGCAGCAGCAGCAGCUGCAGCAGCAGCAGCAGCAGGAUUCUCUCGUUUCUGCUCUACUCCAACAGAACCACGGCAGCAGUAGCAGUAUCAGCAGCAGCAGCAGCAGCAGCAGCAGCAGCAGCAGCAGCAGCAGCAGCAGCACCAACACGUUUAACCUCACUAUAUGCAUGCCCAUGUAA